AUGUGGUCAUUGCCGGCCAGUGAGGGCGAGAGCGCCACGGCCCACUUCUUCCUUGGAGCUGGAGAUGAGGGUCUGGGCACCUGUGGAAUAGGCAUGAGGACAGAAGAAAGUGACAGCGAGCUCCUUGAGGAUGAGGAGGAUGAAGUGCCUCCUGAACCACAGAUCAUUGUUGGCAUCUGUGCCAUGACCAAGAAAUCUAAGUCCAAGCCAAUGACUCAAAUCCUAGAACGACUCUGCCGAUUUGACUACCUGACUGUUAUCAUUCUGGGAGAAGAUGUGAUUCUCAAUGAACCUGUGGAAAACUGGCCAUCUUGCCACUGCCUCAUCUCUUUCCACUCCAAAGGCUUUCCUCUGGACAAGGCUGUUGCUUACUCUAAGCUUCGGAAUCCCUUUCUUAUCAAUGACUUGGCCAUGCAGUAUUACAUCCAAGAUAGGAGGGAGGUGUACCGGAUUCUGCAGGAGGAGGGUAUUGAUCUGCCUCGAUAUGCUGUGCUCAACCGUGACCCUGCCCGGCCGGAGGAAUGCAACCUGAUAGAAGGUGAAGACCAGGUAGAGGUAAAUGGAGCUGUCUUUCCCAAGCCCUUUGUGGAGAAGCCAGUGAGUGCAGAGGACCACAAUGUUUACAUCUACUACCCCAGUUCAGCUGGAGGAGGAAGUCAGCGCCUCUUCCGUAAGAUUGGCAGCCGAAGCAGCGUUUACUCUCCUGAGAGCAGUGUCCGAAAAACAGGGUCAUAUAUCUAUGAAGAGUUUAUGCCGACAGAUGGCACAGAUGUCAAGGUGUAUACAGUGGGGCCAGAUUAUGCCCAUGCUGAAGCCAGAAAAUCUCCAGCUUUGGACGGGAAGGUUGAACGAGACAGUGAAGGGAAAGAGAUUCGGUAUCCAGUCAUGCUGACUGCCAUGGAAAAGCUGGUGGCCAGGAAAGUCUGUGUAGCUUUUAAGCAAACAGUUUGUGGAUUUGACCUUCUUCGUGCCAAUGGCCAUUCCUUUGUGUGUGAUGUCAAUGGCUUCAGUUUUGUCAAGAACUCAAUGAAAUACUAUGAUGACUGUGCCAAGAUUCUGGGGAACACAAUAAUGCGGGAGCUUGCCCCACAGUUCCAGAUCCCAUGGUCCAUCCCAACAGAGGCUGAGGACAUUCCCAUUGUUCCUACCACAUCUGGCACCAUGAUGGAACUUCGUUGUGUCAUUGCAAUUAUCCGUCAUGGGGAUCGUACUCCCAAACAGAAGAUGAAGAUGGAAGUGACACACCCAAGGUUUUUCACUCUAUUUGAAAAACAUGGUGGCUACAAGACAGGGAAAUUGAAAUUAAAGCGACCUGAGCAGUUACAGGAGGUGCUGGACAUUACAAGGCUGCUGUUGGCUGAGCUGGAGAAAGAGCCAGGUGGUGAGAUCGAGGAGAAGACUGGGAAACUAGAGCAGCUGAAGUCUGUGCUAGAGAUGUAUGGUCAUUUCUCAGGCAUCAACCGGAAAGUGCAGUUAACUUACUACCCUCAUGGAGCAAAAGGUUCUAAUGAAGGGCAAGAUCCACAGAGGGAAGGUCUAGCCCCAUCUCUACUGCUGGUACUAAAGUGGGGUGGAGAAUUGACUCCUGCUGGUCGUGUUCAGGCUGAGGAGCUGGGCCGAGCUUUCCGCUGCAUGUACCCUGGAGGACAGGGUGACUAUGCUGGCUUCCCCGGUUGUGGUCUACUUCGUCUCCAUAGUACUUUCCGCCAUGACCUCAAAAUCUAUGCCUCUGAUGAGGGCCGUGUCCAGAUGACUGCUGCUGCCUUUGCUAAGGGCCUUCUGGCUCUAGAAGGGGAGCUGACACCCAUUUUGGUACAAAUGGUAAAAAGUGCCAACAUGAAUGGGCUCCUGGACAGUGAUGGUGAAUCCCUGAGCAGCUGCCAGCACCGAGUGAAGGCUCGACUACACCAUAUUUUGCAGCAGGAUGCACCUUUUGGCCCUGAAGACUAUGAUCAGCUGGCUCCCACUGGAAGCACUUCUCUGCUCAAUUCCAUGGCUAUCAUCCAGAAUCCUGUGAAGAUCUGUGAUCAGGUAUUUGCCCUGAUUGAAAACCUCACCCACCAGAUCCGGGAACGGAUGCAGGACCCCAGGUCUGUAGACCUGCAACUUUACCACAGCGAGACACUAGAACUAAUGCUACAGCGUUGGAGCAAACUGGAGCGUGACUUUCGACAGAAAAAUGGGCGUUAUGACAUUAGUAAGAUCCCUGAUAUCUAUGACUGUGUCAAAUAUGAUGUGCAACACAAUGGGAGUCUGGGACUUCAAGGCACAGCAGAGUUACUACGUCUCUCUAAGGCACUGGCCGAUGUGGUCAUUCCCCAGGAGUAUGGGAUCAGUCAAGAGGAGAAGCUGGAAAUUGCUGUCGGUUUCUGUCUUCCUUUGUUGCGGAAGAUACUACUUGACCUGCAGAGAACCCACGAGGAUGAGUCUGUCAACAAGCUGCAUCCCCUCGAGAGCCAUGUCCACUCCCUGCUAAGUGUCUUCCGUUAUGGAGGACUUCUUGAUGAGACCCAGGAUGCACAAUGGCAGCGUGCUUUGGCUUACCUUAGUGCCAUCUCAGAGCUCAAUUACAUGACUCAAAUUGUCAUCAUGCUUUACGAGGACAACACACGGAAUCCCUUAUCAGAGGAACGGUUCCACGUGGAGCUACACUUCAGCCCUGGAGUGAAAGGUGUUGAAGAAGAAGGAAGUGCCCCAACUGGCUGUGGAUUCCGUCCAGCCUCUUCUGAGAAUGAAGAGAUGAGCAGAGACCAAGGCAGCAUGGAGAACUUGUGCCCUGGGAAGGCAUCAGAUGAGCCAGACCGGGCAUUGCAGACUUCACCCCAGCCCUUUGAAGGCCCUGGCCUCCCAAGGAGAUCACCUCUUAUUCGUAACCGAAAAGCUGGCUCCAUGGAGGUGCUUUCUGAGACUUCAUCCUCAAGACCUGGUGGCUACCGGCUCUUUUCCUCUUCAAGGCCACCGACAGAGAUGAAGCAGAGUGGUCUAGGCUCACAGUGCACAGGGCUGUUCAGCACCACAGUGCUGGGUGGUUCCUCCAGUGCCCCGAAUCUACAGGACUACGCCUGCAGCCAUGGCAAAAAGCUACCACCUGCCAGUCUGAAGCACCGAGAUGAGCUCUUGUUUGUCCCGGCCGUAAAACGAUUUUCUGUGUCGUUUGCAAAGCAUCCGACUAACGGAUUUGAAGGAUGCUCCAUGGUGCCUACCAUCUACCCCCUGGAAACACUGCAUAAUGCCCUUUCCCUGCGUCAAGUGAGUGAAUUCUUGAGUAGAGUCUGCCAGCGCCACACUGAUGCCCAGGCCCAGGCAUCUGCAGCCCUUUUUGACUCUAUGCACAGCAACCAGCCCUCAAAUAGCCUGUUUUCCCCACCCCGUACUCUUCAUUCACCUCCCCUGCAACUCCGACAGCGCUCUGAGAAGCCCCCUUGGUACAGCAGUGGCCCUUCUAGCACUGUGUCCAGUGCUGGUCCUUCUUCCCCCACUGCAGUGGAUGGUAACACCCAUUUUGGCUUCAGUGAUCAAUCUUCCCUAAGUUCACACGUGACUGAAGAACAUCAAGGCCUUGGGCAGCCCCAGGAAACUCCUGGGAACGGAGCACAAGAGCCUGUAGAAGGGGAGAAAGAAACUUUUGAACCAAAUCAGUCCCCACAGGAGCCACCUAUGGAGACCAGCCAGCCAUGCCAGGAUGUCCCUGAGGAGGGCAGCCAGCCAUGCCAGGAGGUCCCUGAUAUUAGCCAGCUAUGCUGGGAAAGCCCUCAGAAGGUCAGCCAGUCAUGCCAGGAGAACCAUGACAAUGUUAACAAGAUAUACCAGGAGGUCUCUGAGAUUACCCUGCCAUGCCAGAAGGCCAACCAAGUCUCUGAGGAAGUCUCUCAGCUUUGCCAAAAGAACCCUAAGGAGGUCAGCCAACCAUGCCAGGGAAACCCUGUGGAGGUUGGUGGCCUGGUCCAGAAAAUUUUUAUGGAAGUUCACAGGCCAGCCCAAGAGGUUCCUGAGGAGGUCAUCCAGCCAUGCCAGGAGUUCUCUGUGGAGGCUGGCAGACUGGACCACGAGUCUCUUGCAAUCAAUCUGUUGCCUCAGGACAUCCCUGAGGUUGAUAAACCAUCCCAAGAGUUCCCUGGGGAGAUUGCUCUGCAGGCCCAGGAGGCCCCUAAGGAUGUUAAUCAGCAGUCUUGGGUGGUCAUCUGA